CCCUUGUUGGGCUAAAUCAUCAUUCAUGAAGCUGCACAGUCAUGCUCCAGAAUCGACUCGCACUGGAUAGUAAAAGUUAGCUCGAAAGAAGUUGAAAACAAAGAGAACUGAGAGAGCGAUCGAACGCGUAUGUAGAUGUAUGCGUAUAUCUAUAUAUCUGCCAACUAUACUAAAGAACGAUGUCCAACGAAGGCGCCGUUCGAGUAAACAAUAGAAAGAAAAGGCGCAGAUAAGCGCUCGGACUGCAACCGUUCAAAAUCGAACGCAAUCGUUGUAAUGUAUGCGUACCGCACUAGUUUCGGAGUCGAGACACGUUAAAGACGCAGAAGCAGCAAUGAUAGUAUGGCAGGCAGUACGAACAGUGUAUGCUAUUUGUGAGCUUAUGCGCGAUCGCUUUGAGAAUCCAGCACGUGUACACUUGUCAUAUGCAACAACGUAGCUCUGUUAACUAAUAAUAUAACAGCUGCAGAACUGACAGUCACCCCAAAAAACGUUGGACUUGAUAUACGAUGGCUACGCGACGAUUCUCGUUUUUUGAUAGUUACGCGUAUUCUUUCAAAAUAUCCCACUACUUAUUCUCUGGUUCGCAACGCGCUAGGAAAUCCAGCGUAAAUAUAUCCAACGUAGAAGUAGUGUCGUCGCGGAGUGCGUCGUUGUUGUCCCCUUCUUUGUACUGCGAGCUCUCGGUGUAUGUUUUCGUUUUUGCGGGAUUGAUCGAAAACAGCUGAUGGUGGCUGCGCUGCGAGUACAAUAACACAGCGUGCGUAUAUAUAUAUAUACGGUAUUAAAGUGUGUAUGCUCGUGGCGAUGCACAGCUUCCACACGCUGCGGAAAGGUGCAGUCAGUCGCGUCGUUGUGCUUCCUGUCGCGCGUGCGAAGCUGCUGCGAAACGAGAAUUGCUCCGCGAGGAUCCGAUUCUUUUUUUUUUUAUUUUCUCUCGUCUGGGUUGCUACCACUGCGGCUACAUAAAACAACGCGCAGUGUCCAUGACCUCUAGCUAACGAGAGUAAAAAAAAUGACGCAGGCCUUUGAUAUAUGUGCUCUCGAGCCUCGAAUACGUUCCUUUGUGACUUUGUGUGCGAGCUCGCCUCCAUGACAUUGGCAACACCGCGUACACGAAAGUAUGUAAUAUUCAUACCUCUCUCUCUAUUGCGUGCGAGUAACACAGACGAAUCACGAGCAAGUGCAACUGUCAGCAAGAAGCAGUUCCUCGCUCGUGCGCAUCUUUGUUAUGGUCUGUAUACGAUGCACUACGCACAUCCGCCCAUCUGUCAGAUUUUGGAUUCGAUAUCGUAUUAGUCGUAGAAAGUACAACGUGUGAAUGGGGCCUCGCGACGUAUAAAUAUGUACGUAUACGAAAUAAACUAAUUGCGUGAUUGAUUUAUAUAAGUGACGCAUACAGCAAAGUGAAUGUUCGUUUACAUUUGAUGAUAUAUUAGUUCGAAAUUUUAUAUAUAGUAAAUAUAUCAUUGAUGACGUUUUUAUUUUUCUAUAUUGUGACUGUUUUUGCCAGCAGAAAAAUCAACCUGACUCGAUGCCAAUCCAAUUUCGAUUGUUUUUGCUAAGGUGUUAAACGAUAUCCAGGAUUAAGUGUUAAAAGUGACCAGCUAUAAAAAACAAAUUGUAUUUUAAGUGAAGGAUUAACCUCAAACCCAUUUUAACUCUUGAGUAUCAGUAAUUGACACUUGUUUCAAAAUAGUAAUAAACAAUGGCGUUUACAAAUGUCUUACUCUUAAGCCAAAUUGCUGGAUAUGUGGUGGCUCUCAUUUUAUCAUUGUGUGUCAUUGUACCUAUGAGCUUGCACAUAAAUGAAUUCAGAGGACAUUGUUUACUGUUUUCAACUGGCAAUUGGAGAGAAAGUGAUGGUCAAUUUGUUGCAGAUUGGGCUUCCAGAAUGUACUGUGACUACACUAUUUUUGUAGGCUUAGUACUAUUUUUAGUAUCAGCUGUUCAGAUUUAUCGCUCAUCGAUGCUUAUGUAUAAAGGCAAAGAUAGCUCUUUUUUUUCUGCAUUUAUUGAUGUAAUAUUAUCAGUUUUUUUAACCGGCGUUACAUUAAUCGCUGCUGUAAUAAUUACUCUUGGUUUCAUGAGCUGGUGUCAAUGUAUGACAAAACGUUUUCCCUCUUGUGAAUUAUCAGCCGGUAAUGAUAUUGAUAAAUCUGACAGUAUAGAUACUACUGGUUUCCACAUUGAGUUAGGAGUAGCUCAAUUUGCAGCUUGGAGUAGUCUCUCGAUCUGGGUUGGUCUAUCAGUUUUUGCCACAUUAAAAUUACUUCGUUACCAUCAAUUAGAAAAUAUGAAAGUUUCCAUGUACAGAGAAAGACAAAAGCUGAUUGAAGCAGCUAGCAAUGUAAGCAGUGUAAGUAAUGCUAGCAGUCCUAAAGAAAUAAGCUAAAUCUAAAAAUUUUAAAACGGUUUCUUUACCACUUUUAUCCCAUAAUAAGACUGUGAUCAUUGUAGUAUUUACAAAAAUUUUAUUGAAAUUUCAAAGCUAGUUUGAUCUAUCAUUUUAUUUAUCAUAUAUCGUAAACAUAUCAUAUCAAAAAUGUGGUGUAAAAUAUAUUUUUUAUUUUGAAUAUAACAUUUAAGGCAAUGAAUUAUUAAAAAUUAUUAUUCAAUUUUGAAAUG